UUGAACGCACCCAGUGACUGUUAUCCGUACAAACAAGUACAAGCUGGUAUUUGCGACUCCGGUGAAGUCUACCAAGGUUAAAGAAAUCAUUUUGCAUGUCUCCGAGCCCAACUUGAACUACCUUGACUUCACUUGCGAAGCACGAUAAUUCACUCUACAAGGUCACUGAGAACAAACGGUUCACUUCGGCUGGUACUAAGCUUGUUUCGUAGCUUCGUCACCGAACAUCGGGAUUGCCGAGUCCGAAGCUAUCUCGGCAACAUGGUUCAUGAAGAUGACACGUCGUUCUUCAUCUAGCUCGAGAGCACAAGCGAAUAUACUCUUGUUGUUGCAAUGUAUCCUGUGCAAGGUACAUGGCGGGAUUUCGUCGAAGGAGAGCAGUGAGAAAGGUAAUGUCCUCGAUACUGAAGUUGCGACGCAAUGUCCAUGGUUUGCCUUGAGAUGCAAUGCUGGCACCGGUACGAGCCAGCCGGAUAGUUCUGUACAUGGGUGUCUUCUCUAGUAGAUGGCAGACACUUGCGACGGAAAAUAGUGCAACAAAACAGCAGAAGAAAUAAAAACAAACAAGAGGUGUAAUAGUAUGUGGUGGGUAUAUGUGCCAAGUGGCGGACGGGCCUAGGACGUAGACAACUAG